AUACAAAACAAUUCACACAAGGACUUUUGAUACAAUAGGGAAGCUUUUUUCUUCAUCUCCUCAUAAACCUCCCAUUUUUCUUUUGAACUUUUUCUAUCAAUCUUAUCUCUAUCAACCCAAGAUUUUCAAAGGGUUUUGGCAAUAUGGGAAGAGCUCCUUGCUGUGAUAAAAAUGGCCUGAAAAAGGGUCCAUGGACACCUGAAGAAGAUCAGAAGCUCUUGGACUACAUUCAAAAACAUGGGUGUGGUAACUGGAGGACAUUGCCUAAAAAUGCUGGGCUAUCGAGGUGCGGUAAGAGUUGCCGGCUCCGGUGGACGAACUAUCUGAGGCCUGAUAUUAAGCGGGGCCGGUUCUCGUUUGAAGAGGAAGAGACGAUUAUCCAAUUACAUAGUAUUUUGGGGAACAAGUGGUCUGCGAUCGCGGCCCGCUUACCAGGACGAACUGAUAAUGAAAUUAAGAAUUAUUGGAAUACACAUAUCAGGAAGAGGCUUCUGCGGAUGGGAAUCGAUCCGGUCACUCAUAGCCCACGACUAGAUCUUCUUGAUCUCUCUUCGAUCCUCGGAUCAUCGCUCUACAACCCGGCUCAGCUCCAUGUCUCUAGAUUGCUUGGAAUUGAGCCGUUUGUGAAUUCGGAGCUCCUAAGGCUGGCUACUAAUCUCCUUUCGGUGCAAUGCGAAAACCCAAAUCUCCUCACACAAAAUCUUCAAGAAAAUCAGUUCUCCAAUCCCCAAAUUCAAGUCCAAAACCAAUUCUCAUCUUUUCAAAACAGCCAACUUCAAAACCCAAUUCAAGAAAUUCCAACUUGCACCACUUCAAACACCCAGUUUUUAAAUGGAACCCAAGUCAUUCAAAACAAUGUGGAGCAAUUCACAUCAAAUCCCACUUACUUGAACUUUGAAAAUACGCAGCCGAAUCUAUUACAAGACAAUGGAGCGGCUUCAAAUCUUGAACAGAAUUUCAUGCCAACGCCGAAUUACAGUUCUUACAAUUCACACCAAUCUAUCAUCGACGCACUGUUCGAAAACUCGAAUUGUCAGCCAAACACUACUCAAAAUUUCAAUUUUGAAUCUGUUUUAUCGACACCCGCAUCGAGCCCAACUCCAUUGAAUUCCACAUCGACUAAUGUCAACAACAGUACAAGCCCAACUCCCUUGAAUUCAUCGUCGACUUACAUCAACAGCGGGACAGAAGAUGAAAGGGAUAGCUAUUGUAGCAACAUGUUGAAGUUCGACAUCCCUGAGCUCUUGGAUGUGUCUGAAUUCAUGUAAAUGAAGAAAUGGGGUGCGUAGAUUGGAGAUUCGACGGCUUGGAUUUCCAAUCUUUUGAUUGUUCUUGCUUGUAAUGAUACUGUAUCAUCAAACAUGAAUUUUGUGGGAAGUUUUCUUUGUGUUGCUGUAUCUAGCCA